AUGUCCACUCAGGACGAGAGGCAGGUCAAUACCGAAUAUGCUGUGUCUUUGUUGGAACAGUUAAAACUGUUCUAUGAACAGCAAUUGUUAACUGAUAUAGUGUUAAUUGUUGAGGGUACCGAAUUCCCUUGUCAUAAGAUGGUUCUUGCAACAUGCAGCUCUUAUUUCAGGGCCAUGUUCAUGAGUGGACUCAGUGAAAGUAAACAGACACACGUGAACCUGAGGAAUGUUGACUCGGCUACUUUAAAGCUUAUCAUAGCUUAUGCAUACACAGGGAAUUUGGCAAUAAAUGACAGCACUGUGGAGCAGCUCUAUGAGACAGCCUGCUUCCUACAGGUGGAGGACGUGCUGCAGCGCUGCCGCGAGUACCUCGUUAAGAAGAUCAACGCGGAGAACUGCGUGCGGCUGCUGAGCUUCGCCGACCUGUUCAGCUGCGAGGAGCUGAAGCAGAGCGCCAAGCGCAUGGUGGAGCACAAGUUCACGGCCGUGUACCGCCAGGACGCCUUCCUGCAGCUCUCCCACGAGCUGCUCGUGGACGUCCUGAGCAGCGACAACCUGAACGUGGAGAAGGAGGAGACGGUGCGCGAGGCGGCCAUGCUGUGGCUCGAGUACAACCCCGAGGCGCGCUCGCAGUACCUGUCGUCGGUGCUGAGCCAGAUCCGCAUCGACGCCCUGUCCGAGGUGACGCAGCGGGCCUGGUUCCAGGGGCUGCCGCCCAACGACAAGUCGGUGGUGGUGCAGGGGCUCUACAAGUCCAUGCCCAAGUUCUUCAAGCCCCGGCUGGGCAUGACCAAGGAGGAGAUGAUGAUCUUCAUCGAGGCGGCCUCCGAGCACCCGGGCAGCCUCUACUCGUCCGUGUGCUACAGCCCGCAGGCCGAGAAGGUGUACAAGCUGUGCAGCCCCCCGGCCGACCUGCACAAGGUGGGCACCCUGGUCACGCCCGACAACGACAUCUACAUCGCGGGGGGGCAGGUGCCGCUGAAGAGCGCCAAGACCAGCUACAGCAAGACCAGCAAGCUGCAGGCCGCCUUCCGGACCGUCAACUGCUUCUACUGGUUCGACGCGCAGCAGAACGCGUGGUUCGCCAAGACGCCGAUGCUCUUCGUGCGCAUCAAGCCCUCCCUGGUGUGCUGCGAGGGCUACAUCUACGCCAUCGGCGGCGACAGCGUGGGCGGCGAGCUCAACCGGCGCACCGUGGAGCGCUACGACACGGAGAAGGACGAGUGGACGCUGGUGAGCCCCCUGCCCUGCGCCUGGCAGUGGAGCGCGGCCGUGGUGGUGCACGACUGCAUCUACGUGAUGACGCUCAACCUCAUGUACUGCUACUUCCCCCGCUCCGACUCCUGGGUGGAGAUGGCCAUGCGCCAGACCAGCCGCUCCUUCGCCUCGGCCGCCGCCCUGGGCGACCAGAUCUUCUACAUCGGCGGCCUGCACAUCGCCGGCAGCUCCGGCCUCAGGCUGCCCACCAGCACCGUGGACGGCUCCUCCGUCACCGUGGAAGUGUACGACGUGAACAAGAACGAGUGGAGGAUGGCGGCCAACAUCCCCGCCAAGCGCUACUCGGACCCUUGCGUGAGGGCCGUGGUCAUCUCCAACUCCCUGUGCGUGUUCAUGCGCGAGACGCACCUCAACGAGAGGGCCAAGUACGCCACGUACCAGUACGACGCGGAGCUGGACCGCUGGUCCCUGCGGCAGCACAUCUCGGAGCGCGUGCUCUGGGACCUGGGCAGGGACUUCCGCUGCACCGUGGGCAAGCUCUACCCGUCCUGCCUCGACGAGUCCCCCUGGAAGCCGCCCACCUGCCUCUUCUCCCCCGACGGGGCGGACGACUUUGAGCUGGACAGGGACAUGGUGGCCCUGCCCCCCGUAUAGCGGCCGCCCUGCCCCCCGCACGGUGGCCCCCCCGCACGGCGGCCGCCCUGCC